UCUUACUCAGCAUAGGUGUGCAGCGGACAAUCCACCCAUCCACAGAGCAGGCAGUCAGAGCAGUAGCAGCACAUCCAGCAGCAGCAGCAUCAGCGCGGCAGCAGACACAUCUGACAGGAGGAGAGUUCAGCCGAAUCGUACAACAAAAAUAAUUAAAUUCACACAGAAACCAGACACCACCACUCUGCUGCCUCUGUCACCAUAACUGAAUUUGUAUCUGUAUCUGUAUUCGUCUCUGUACCUGCAACGCAUCGCAACGCAACGCAUCCCAUCGCAAUGUGCAACUGGCAGUGACUGUGACUGUGACCUGGGCACUGACCAACAAUCCAACUGAUUGACUCGCUGAGUGAUAGGAGGCUAUCCGUAUCCAUUACAUGCCCAUCCAGCGUCGGUUGCACUCCGUGUUUGCUGUCAGUUUCGCCGGACACGGAUGUGGAGGUCCAUCAAUAUCAUCAGCAGCAGUCAAAGCAGCGGAAACCAAGAGGCCAAAAAAGCACAACAAUUGCAAAUGAAAUCUAAUUAGCAAUGUCAGUGUCAGAUCUGCGUUAAUCCAUUAAUUUCCAACCAUCAACAGAAGCAUCCAUUGUCAGAUUAUAUAGAAAAAGGCGUUGCUCCUGGCAUCUCCAGCAUCCAGCGUAUAGCGGGAAAAAACGGCACAAAAUUGGAGAGCGAACAAAAAGAAAUUUCGUCCGAAAGGGAAAGCGAAAGCAGGCAACACUCUUGCGUUUCUGUAUGCCCGUGACUGUCGGUGGCUUUGUAUCUGUAUCUGAAUCUGUGUAUGUGCCUGUGCCUGUGUCUGUGCCUGUGCCUGUGUCGGUGCCUGAGUGAAUUCUGAUAACACGCGCCUGGUGCUGACAUCACUUUCGCUCCUGCUAUUCCAUUGCUAUUGAGCCAUUGAACCAUCCCCAUACCCAUUAUCAUACCCCGAGACCGAGACCCGAGAAGCUGCCAAUCGAAAGACCACAAAAUCAAUUAAACUACAACAAAGCUGCCAAGAGCCAAUUAUACGGAACGGGGAAACGUAAGGGAAACUGAAACGGAAACGGAUACGGAUACUAAGGAAAGGAAGGUAUCAAAGAUGUUCUCCAUGUGCACAAAGGUGAAGUCGGAGAGCGUGGAGCCGGACUGCUCGUUCAUGCAGCAUCCCCAGCAGAUGCAGCUGCAACAGCCACAGGCAAUGGGAACUGGCGGCAAACAGAUCAAGGGCGGCUACCUACUGCGCUACAAAAAGCAAAUGUUCUGGAAUCGCUGGUCCGAGGAGUGGGUGGUUCUGUACGACGACUCAACCAUGGCCUGGUUCACGGAGCCGGGACGCACCUCGCCGUCGGGCAAGAUCCUAGUGAAAGAAGCGCCCGAGAUGCUGGCCAUUGCCCACUGGACUGGACAGAUACCGCGUCGACCGCCGCUACCGGACGGCGUGAAUGUCUCCCAGUUGAUUGCACUCGGAUCGCAGCGGAAGCGGUCCAAGGUCUACUGGAUGCUGGCCAAGUCCGAGCAGGAGGUGAGCGACUGGAUUGAUGCGAUUACGAAGACCCUGCCGCCGCCGCCACAAAUCGAGCUGGUGGUGGACAAGCCGCACCUGAUGAACGUGCUGCGACGCCCAUUGGUGCGCAUUAGACCUGCCACCCAGUCGGAGGUGAAGCACCGCAAGGCAAGCAGCAAGCACCAUGGCUGCACCUCGUCGGCGAUGACCACUAGGCUGUACAAACAGAUCCAGAAUCCACUGGUCAAGAGCGAUGCGGCCGUGGCCAUUCUCAGCAAGAAGCCAGACUCGAAGGCCUCGCUGGCCUGUGCCCUGCCCUGGGGCCAUGGCUGGGGAUGGGCCACGUUGCCGAACGGCGUGUGGAGCGGCGGCCUGACCUGGUCCCAGUGCGAGGACACCUUCACUCUUCACGCCCUGCCCACCACCCACUGCACCAAUCUGAUCGACACCUCAUGCAGCGGCGCCGUGUACCACACCGACAUUGGCGGCUUCGACUUCCAUUCCGGCGGAGUGGACGACAUUGGCGGCGAGGACUUUGACUACGCCAUGGACUGUGGCGAUUUCAUAUUUUAA